ACCUAACUAAUAAAUGCCAUUGUAUGCUUAUGCUACAAAUACAAGUUUUUCAAUUGAACUCGCAAUUAACGUAAAUUUCACCAACAUGCAACAUCUUAUAAAUUCGUCAAAUACUUAUUUUUUGUAAAAUGAUUUGUCAAAAAUAACUAACAGUAGUGUUUCUAAAAAAGAUAUCGAAUCAAAUGCAGUAGUAGUUCCAACCAACUAUCAAUCAGUUCGUCGGUCAUUUUCAACCUUAGGAACUCCAAACGUCGUCGUUUCCUAUCACAUCCUCAUCUUCUUGACUGUUGAAGAUUCCUCACAAUCUGCUGUCUCAUAUCUUACUGACAAUUCCCCAUCCCAUUUAGAUCUCCACUCCCAGUUUCUUCUUAAACUCCCUCAAAAAAUCUCUCACAUUCUACAUUUAUAGAUGAAGAAGAUCCACAUUCUCUUCUCUUUCUCCACUCUCCUCGUCGCUAUCCAAACCCCGAUGUUCUUUCUCUCAGCAACGCCAUUUUCCGUUCCAAAAUCGAACGGCACUCAAAUCCUCGUCUUGCCCCUAAAAACUCAAGAAUUCCCAUCAUGUCCAAGCAAGCUCCCCUUCACACACAACGUCACGCUCACCGUUUCAUUGGCUGUGGGCACUCCCCCACAGAACGUUACCAUGGUCCUCGACACAGGCAGCGAGCUCUCCUGGCUGCAGUGCAACACCACCCGGAGGGACCGACCCGCUUUCGACCCGGUCCGAUCCAUGUCCUACACUCCCGUUGCCUGCUCCUCCCCCACUUGCACCACCCAAACCCAGGAUUUCUCCAUACCCGCCUCGUGCGAUGCCAAGAACCUCUGCCACGCCGUCCUCUCCUACGCCGACGCCUCGUCUUCGGAGGGGAAUCUGGCCAUGGACAACUUCACCAUUGUCGGGUCGAAGUUCCCGGGUACGAUAUUCGGGUGCAUGGAUUCGGGUUUCAGCAGCAAUGCGGAGGAGGAUUCGAAGACGACCGGGCUGAUGGGCAUGAACCGCGGGUCGCUCUCGUUCAUCUCGCAAAUGGGUUUUAAGAAGUUCUCGUAUUGCAUUUCGGGUUCGGACUUUUCGGGUAUUUUGCUAUUCGGCGAGUCCAAUUUCACGUGGCUUUUGCCCUUGAAUUACACCCCUCUGAUCCAGAUUUCUACCCCUCUGCCCUACUUCAACAGAGUGGCUUACACUGUCCAGCUCGAGGGCAUUAAGGUCUCGGAGAAUAUGUUGCAACUGCCGAAAUCCGUAUUCGAACCCGACCACACCGGGGCGGGUCAGACCAUGGUGGACUCGGGCACCCAGUUCACAUUCCUUCUGGGGGCGGCGUACAACGCGUUGAAGAACGAGUUCGUGAAGCAGACCGAGGGCGUGCUGCGGGUGUUGGAGGAUCCGGAUUUCGUGUUCCAAGGGGCGUUCGAUUUGUGUUUCAGGGUGGGGCUGAACUCGACGGGCGUGCCCGAAUUGCCGGCCGUGAGUUUGGUGUUCCGGGGCGCCCAGAUAAGCGUGUCGGGCGCUCACCUGCUGUACCGGGUCCCGGGCGAGAUCCGAGGGGGCGAUGCAGUGCAUUGCUUCACGUUCGGGAACUCGGAGCUACUGGGGAUGGAGGCGUACAUCAUAGGGCAUCAUCAUCAGCAGAAUGUGUGGAUGGAGUUCGAUUUGCAGAAAUCCAGAAUCGGAGUGGCGCAAGUGCGCUGCGAUGUGGCCGCCCAAAGAUUCGGCCUUCGUCCUUAAAUUUAGUUUCUGCAACUAUACCAUCUCCAUUGCUCAUUCAAUCAUUGUCCUUUUCAUAUUAUUGCCUUCAUAACUUCUUUUCGACUAACCACUGUACAUUGCAUUUAUUCUCCUGCUCAAUAUUUAUAGGGAAAUAAAUUCAUGGUCCCCAGUUUUUUCGUUGGAUC